GAGAGUCGUCAUUAACAUCUAUUUUCAAUUUUCAUUUUAUAAAAUAGUUUAUGCCAAACUGGGACAUAUCAUCAAGUAAGGCCAAGUUGGAAUUUAGCAGUACUCUCAUUCAAAGAAACAAAAAAUGAGAAGUUUGCGGCUUUCGUUUUUAUUGCUUUCUUGUAUCAUCAUCUCAGCAAAUACAUAUGAAGGAAAGAAAAAAGAUUUCAUUUCAGAGGUACUGGGAUCAUGGAGUGAACAUACUACAAGAAAGAAAGAUCAGCAAAACUUAGAAACCAGAUUUCGACUCUAUACAGAUAGAACUGAAAGCAGCUGCCAGAUUUUUGUUAAUCAGUUGGAGACUCUUGACAAAUGCCGUUUCAAUGCCUCUCUUCCUCUGGUGAUGAUAGUCCAUGGCUGGUCGGUGGAUGGGAUAUUAGAAAGCUGGAUUUGGAAAAUGGCAGCAGCUCUGAAGUCUCAUCAUAAGCCCGUGAACGUGAUCAUUGCAGACUGGCUCACACUGGCUCACCAGCACUAUCCCAUUGCCGUACGGAACACACGCACCACAGGACAAGAGAUAGCACAGUUCCUGGAGUGGCUGGAGGAAUCCAUUCAAUUUUCCAGAAGCAAUGCUCAUCUAAUUGGAUACAGCCUGGGAGCUCAUGUUUCAGGAUUUGCUGGAAGUUUUAUCAAUGGUACAAAAAAGAUUGGAAGAAUUACAGGCCUUGACCCUGCUGGUCCCUUGUUUGAAGGAAUGUCACCAACAGACCGUUUAUCUCCAGAUGAUGCAAACUUUGUGGAUGCAAUUCAUACCUUCACUAAACAGCACAUGGGCCUCAGUGUUGGCAUCAAGCAGCCUGUGGCUCAUUUUGACUUUUACCCCAACGGAGGCACCUUCCAGCCCGGCUGUCACAUCCUGCAUGUGUACAACCACAUUGCACAACUGGGGAUUGCUGGCAUCACUCAAACUGUGAAAUGUGCCCAUGAGAGGUCAGUUCAUUUGUUCAUCGACUCUCUGCUGCACAAGGACAAGCAAAGCACAGCUUACUGGUGCAACGACAUCAACACUUUCAACAAAGGACUGUGCCUCAGCUGUAAGAAGAACCGGUGUAACACGCUGGGCUACAGCAUCAGGGAGGAAAGGCUGCCCAAAAGCAGGCGACUCUUUCUGAAAACAAGAGCGCAUAUGCCCUUCAAAGUGUAUCAUUAUCAGUUCAAGAUCCACAUCAUCAAUGAAAUCCAAGGCAAGUCGACAGACCCAGCUUUCACCAUGUCUCUGGCAGGGACUAAGGCGGAUGCUAAAGACCUGCACAUCCCACUAGUUGAAGGUAUUACUGGAAAUAAGACCUACUCAUUUCUCAUCACCCUGGACACUGAUAUUGGCGACCUCAUAAUGAUCAAGUUCAAAUGGGAAGUACCUCUACUUUGGGGAAAUAUCUGGGACACAUUUCAAACCAUAAUUCCAUGGACAAAAGGCACCCGUCGACCAGGACUUAUAGUGAAGGAAAUAAGAGUGAAAGCAGGGGAAACCCAGCAAAAAAACACAUUUUGCCCCCAGAGCAUUGACAACAUUCACCUUCAUCCAUCCCAAGAGAAGACAUUUGUGAGGUGUGAAGAUCUCUUCCAGAGACAAUACAGAAAAUGAGCAAGAACACAAAAGGGAACCCCUCGCCAAAAUAUUCAAAAUACGAUACAUCUAGUAAAAUGUUUAAAAAUUCACAGCUGCAUCAAAUAUCCUAGCAGUUUCAGAGGUGGUAAAAAAAAUACAUUAAGAUAUUUAGUUUUUGUCAUCUGACAGUAAGCUGAAAUAUGCUCUUGUUCAUGUAGAAGCAUACUCUGAAAAUGAUCAGUGAGCAGCUUCAUCAAGGCAACUGUCAAUUUUCAACUGUUUAAAAUCUGAAAAAAAAAUCUGCUCACCAGAAAUAAAAACAUUAUUUGACAAAAUCAUUGUCAUAAGCCUUUGAAAAACUUAAUUUUGUUAGAUUUAAGGCAAAAAAAGAAACUUCAUUUCAUGGCAAAUAUUAAUAGCUAUGACUAUCAGUUAAAACUUUGCUAAAUUAUUUCCUAAUGAAGGGAGAGUCAAAUAGUUCAUAAAAGAAAAUACUACCAAAUAGAUAUAAAAAUAUAAAAUGCUUGAGCUGUAAUAACCAUAUGAAAAUCCCAAUAAUAGUAUAAUCUAAAAUUUCUAUAAUAAAUCUUGUUCUCUGAAAAUGCUUUGCUAUUUAACUAUUUUAAUUAAAGAACUGAUUUAAAUUA